GUAGUUCGCAUUUGAACGGAGCGCGGAGCAUUUCGGAGCGCACCGAAAUAAAAAUAUAAAUAAAAGUGCGGAACGCUCGCGAGUUUUGUUUUUGGCCAAAAGCGAUUGCUUUAACGCUUAUUUGAUUAACUUGAAAAAUAAUCACAACACAAAAAAUAGAUACCCCAAAUCUGUUGUGCCAGACAAGUGGAAAUCAAACGAGGCCAAAGAAGACAACAUCAGCCAACGGAAAGUAUUAAGAGGAGGCCAAACCCAAAAAGCCGAGGACCCAUGCAAAUUCUGGCGAAAUCUCUUCUCUGGAGCUGGAGUUUCAGCUAGUACACAGAUACAACUGGCAGAUAGAUUGCUUUGGGGACUGCAACUGGUGCUGGGACAGUGGGACGAGACUGUUUGUUUGUUGCAUCCAUCCAUUGAGGAGCUCUGCGAUCCACACGAUGCCCGGCCACUUGCACGCCAUAGAUCUUUGGUUGCUGGUGCUGCAAUAGCAAUAGCAAUCGCCAGAUAAAUUCUAAUAAAUAGCCAGACAACAGAAUACUUGGCAUAAAAAUAAAUAAGAAUCGAAGACCGAGGAACGCGGAACCAACAGCGCACGCAUUGCCACAGAUUCUGGAUACGGAGUAUCUCGAAUUCGGCUGAGGUGUCGAGUGCAUUGGCCAGACCGAUCGGGUCAUAAUCGAACCCCGUACCCCCGGAUUUCGCGGCCAAAAAGUGUUCCAAGGCAGGGGCAGAGGGAACCGGAGCGAGGUGUACACUUUUGGCACCAUGGAGGGCGGUUACGUCAGGGAAGAGGAUUCUGACGCCAUAAUGGGUGUGGAAAGUCCAGCCAUCAUAUCCUAUACCAAUCCCAAACUGCAAAUACCAUUAAUGGCAUCUGCAAUAUACGCGCCCACCACCACAUCAACAUCACCAGCCGGCACUCCGACCUCGGCCGCCGCAGCCACCACAUCCAAAAACGCAUCUGCAUCCGCUUCGGCUCCAUUAUCAUCACCACCAGGUCCAGGUCCAUCGGCAGGAUCUGCUGCGGCGGUUUCUGGAGGUCCUCUCCAGGGAUUCGUUGCCAAGUUGCGUAAUUUUAGAUUCGACGACACGAAAAAUAUAAGAAAACGUUUCCAUUUCGAUUACAUAUCAAAGGACAGAUUUUUGGGAGGUCAGCUCAAGACCAAAAAUGGCCAAAAAUACGUUUUCAACGGAGCUCCAUCGGGGGUAUAUGUUUCCAAAGCCUGCCUGAUCAUCGCUGCCUUUAUCACAGUUCUGGCCCUACUUUUCACCAUAGUGAUUACCUAUUUUGUGACGAGGCAGGGAUUCCCGCCCAAGGAAGCGACUCCCAGUUGCAUCACCGCCGUCGAUCACACAGAGGUAAAUGCGACUCCCAUCCAAACGGCGGGAUGGGUGAGCCUGAAUUCUCCGGCGCCCUUGGAUACGGCCACGCCCACCCCAACGCCUACGCCCACGUCCACUUCAACAACAACCACAACGACUACCACAGCCUUGGCCCCGCCCACCACAAGUGGGGAGCCCGAAAUAAAGCCGGUGGAUCCCAAAGUGGGUGACAUUCCGGUGGUGGAGCCACCUGUCGAGGAUGUUGAGGACAACACCACCAAGCCCACAAAUCGUCCAAUCAAACUCUACGAAGGAUGGCGGCCACUUCACUAUAGCCUGCUGAUUGAGCCCAGUGUGGAGACAUCUACGAGUAAUGGCAGCCUGUCCAUCGAGAUUGAGAGGGAUGUGUCCAAGGUGACCAGCUGGGAGCCCAUUGUUCUGGAUGUGCAUAAUGUCAGUAUCUCCAAUGUCCGGGUGAUCCGUGCCCUGCCAAAUAAGACGGCUAAUGAGGAGCAAGAGCUGGAGUUUGAUAGUGACUAUGGAGAGGAUAAUGCCACCUUUGUGAUCAGUUUGGAUAAGGCCUAUGCAGGGGAAACCCAGUUGAAGCUGCAGCUUAGUCUGGAUUUCAUCAGCCAGGUGACGGACACUCUGCAGGGCGUCUACAAGACCAGUUACAUCAAUCCGGACACCAAUAAAGAAGAAUGGAUGAUCAGCACCCAGUUCUCGCCCAUCGAUGCCCGUCGCGCCUUUCCCUGCUUCGAUCGUCCCGAUAUGAAGGCUAACUUUUCAGUCAGCAUAGUUAGGAACCUCCAGUACAAGAUGGCCCUGUCCAACAUGCCCAAAUCCCAUACUAGUCGCUAUCGCCGGGGUUAUGUGAGGGAUGACUUUUUGGUCACACCCAAGAUGCCCACAUAUCUGGUGGCUUUUAUUGUGUCCAAUAUGGUGGAUUCCCGAUUUGCCGCUCUGGACAGCGAAAUGACGCCCCGAGUGGAGAUCUGGACGAGACCACAAUUUAUAGAUAUGACCAACUAUGCCUAUAAAAUGGUACGAAAGUUCCUGCCCUAUUACGAGGAUUUCUUCGGCGUGAAGAACAAGCUGCCCAAGAUCGAUCUGGUGUCGGUGCCAGACUUUGGAUUCGCUGCCAUGGAGAACUGGGGACUGAUUACCUUCCGGGACUCAGCUCUUCUGGUGCCCGAGGACCAGGAGCUGGCCUCCUCCUCCGAGCACAUGCAGUAUGUGGCCCAGAUCAUUGCCCACGAACUGGCCCAUCAGUGGUUUGGCAACCUGGUGACCCCAAAGUGGUGGGAUGAUCUCUGGCUUAAGGAGGGAUUCGCCUGCUAUAUGAGCUAUAAGGCCUUGGAGCACUCCCACCCAGAGUUUCAGAUCAUGGACACUCUGACCACGCUGGAGUUCAAGGAGUCGAUGGAGCAUGAUGCCGAUAACACCUCGCAUGCCAUAUCCUUCGAUGUGCGCUCCACCAAUGAUGUAAGGCGCAUCUUCGAUCCAAUUAGCUACUCCAAGGGCACCAUCCUGCUGCGCAUGCUCAAUUCGAUUGUGGGAGAUGUGGCCUUCCGCGCAGCCACUCGGGAUCUGCUCAAGAAGUUCGCCUACGGGAAUAUGGACCGCGAUGAGCUCUGGGCCAUACUCACCCACCAUGGCCAAGAGCAGGGCACUUUGCCCAAGGAUCUGAGUGUCAAGCAGAUCAUGGACUCGUGGAUCACCCAGCCGGGCUAUCCGGUGGUCAAUGUGGAGCGACGUGGUGCUGAUCUCAUCCUGAGCCAGCAGCGCUACCUGUUGCCCUCGAAGAACCCAGCGGACCAGAGCAGCUGGUUCAUCCCCAUCACCUUCGAAACCGAUGAGCUGCGCAAGGGUGACAAUAUACCAUCCCAUUGGAUGAGGAGCCAAGAUGAGGGAGAGCUCAUCGUGGGCAAUGUCUUCACGCACAACAGCAACAGCGAUAACGUGAUCUAUCUGAAUCUCAACCGUCAGGGCUACUAUCGGGUCAACUACGAUAUGACCUCCUGGCUGGCGCUCAAGAAGAACUUUAGCACUCUGCCCAGGAUCACAAGAGCCCAGUUGCUGGAUGAUGCACUGCAUCUAUCGCAGGCGGAGUAUCUCACCUAUGAUAUACCAUUGACCUUCCUUAUGGAGCUGUUCACUUCUGUGGACGAUGAGUUGCUUUGGAGUGCCGCCAAACCUGGUCUCAACUAUCUCAUUUACAACCUCAAGAGGGAGCCUGCCUUCGAGACCUUCAGGGCCUUCAUGAAGUUCAUUGUACGUCCCGCCUUCGAUCAUUAUGGCUUAAACGAGCCAGACAAUGAGUCCCAUUUGCAACUGAAACACCGCGCUUUGGUGGCCUACUUUGCCUGCAAAUUUAACUACGAUCGCUGCACCCAAGUGGCCCAGAUGAAGUUCCGCGAGUGGAUGCGCGAUGCCAAAAAGAAUCCCAUAAAGCCAAACCUCAAGUCCGUGAUUUACUGCACAUCUCUGGCAGAGGGCUCUUCACCGGAAUGGUACUUCGCCUACAAGCAGUACAAGUCCACCACUAGUGCUUCGGAAAAGGAGGAGAUACUGACCUCGCUGGGCUGCACUACCAAACCCUGGCUGCUGUCCAAGUACCUCAAUAUGACCAUCAAUCCCACAUCGGGCAUACUGAAACAAGAUGGAGCCUUGGCCUUCCGGGCAGUGGCCUCCAAUGCCAUUGGUCAUGAGAUAGCCUUUGACUUCCUGCAGAGCAACAUUAAGGAGAUUGCCGAAUACUAUGGCGAUGGCUUCUCCACUCUGUCCGAGAUGAUCAAGUCGCUGACCAUCUACAUGAACAAGGACUACCACAAGCACCAACUCCUGGACUUGGCCGCCACCUGCCGCAAAUUGGGACUGAAGGCCGUGGAAUCGGCCAUCGAUUUGGCCCUGGAGCAGGUCAACAAUAAUAUCUACUGGCGCAGCCACUCUUACCACAGCCUCAAGAACUUCCUCGAGGGCAUCGUCAGCGAGUUCCAGAUCAACAUCUUCUAGAUGAUCCACAUUGGGAAUGGGGGACAGACAAUUCAAAUUGAUUUCAACCAAAAAACGCGAUUUAGUUACCCUUAUUUGUAUUCGUGCAAAGGCCUCAAAUUAUUUUUAAUGAAACGAAUUAUUUGCGAAAAGUGAUAUAAACGUGUAAGUUAGCCAGCAUAGUUUAGGUAACCGAUUACUUUUUGCAAUUGUAUAUUUAUUUAUUUGUAAGUCGCGCUUCUUCUGCUUCUUGGCUUGCUCUGCAACGUUCCUAUUAAAAAUAGAAAGAAACCGGAAAAUACAUAGAUCGAAUAACUCUCAUUCAUCACUUUAGGCAUCAGUUUUAGAACCCAAUACAAUAUAUCUGCCACAAAAUAUCUAAUGCUGCUUGUGUAAAAUCUGUAUUACCCAUACGUAUGAUUGUCAGGUACUUUAUGUUCGCACCCUAGAUCCUAAGUGUAUCAAUCUAGCACUAAGAGAACCAAAAAUCUAUUUUGUAGUCGAUCCAAUCAAGAUGUUUAAAGGCCAUGGGAAGUAAACGGAAGAAGGUUAAGCUUCGGGCUUAGAAUAUUGAAACUGAGUGUCCUUAAUGCAUGGUUUAAAAUGUUUGCUUAUGCAAGGUAGUACACACACAUACACACAAAUAUAUUUAUUAAUAAACGAGUACCUAUUAUGUAUUUUGUAAAGCCCCA